AUGAAUUUUGAUAAAUUCAAUCCAUUAUCAGAAAACUUUAUAUAUAAAUCAACAACCACGAAGAACAAUUCAAAUAUACCCAAGCAAUCAACUAUCAAUGAAAAUGAAAAUACAGCAGAUAUUUUAAAAUUAAAUUCAGAAGUAAGUGAUUGGGGAAUUGAUGAAGAUUUUACACCAAAUACUGGUACAACUUUUUCAAAUUUUUUAUCACCAACUUCAUCAAAUGCUACUUCAUCUCAUACACAUCCUACUAAUGUUUCACUACUGCAACAGCAUCCGUCACAACAACUCCAGCAGCAGCAGCAACAACAACAUAUUUAUCAUACGCGACAUCAUCAUCAACCAAGCACGAAUUCACAUCAUUCACAACAACAAUUUGAUGAAUAUUUCCCACCAAAUCCAACAUAUAUAAAAUCAAUUCCAAGAAGAAAUUCUUCAAUUUCAAAUUCAUCUUAUUAUAAUUCAAAUAAUAUACAUCAAAGUCCAUUAAAUCCUCAUCAACAAUUACAUAGAACUCAUCUGCAACAAUCCCUAAAUGCAAUUCAUUUUUUACAACAAUCUGGUAAUGUUAUAACUCCAACUACUGAAUCAUUACAAAAAUUUAUAAAAAAAUAUCUUUCAAUGGAAAAUAAAUCAAAAGAAUUUUGGGAAAAAUUUAAAUAUAGUUUAAUAAUUUCAAAUUUAUUAGAAGAUUCAAUGAUUUUAUCUGAAAAUGAAUCAAGUUUAAAAAUUUUGAAAACAGACGUUACAGAGGAGCGUUAUCGUAGAUUCAAAUAUCUUUUAAAUGAUGAUGGAACGAAAUUAAUUGUAAAAAAUACAUCAUAUAGAAUAACUUAUAAUUUACAAUAUGAUAAUUUUAGUAUUAUCAUAAUAAUUACAAAUUUAAUAAUAUAUUUAUUAAAACAACAACAAAAUUUAAGAAAUGGAAAAGAUUGUAUGAAUAAUGUAUUACAAUUUAAAUUAUUUAAAAUUAUAUUAUACCUAUCUUCAAAAUUAAUUAAGAUUCGAAAAUUUAAAAUAAUGAUAAAAACAAAUCAAAUAUUAGAUUUAACUAAUAAUUUUUUAAAAUUAAAUUAUCAAAUAAAUAAAAAUUUAAUCUUGAAUAUGAUUCAAAUAAAAGGUUCAAAUUUAAAUUUAAAUAUUUCAAUUGAUCAAAAACAAUUAACUCAAUUUUUAUUAAAUUCUUUAAAUUUUUUAAUUAUUAAUUUAAAUAUUUUAAUUACUAAAUUAUUACCUUUGAUGAAUGGAGAAAUUUUAGAACAAUAUUGUGUUAUUAAUAAUAUAAAUUUAGGUAUUUUGACUCAAAAUUUUGAAAACGAUGAUGCUAAUGAAAUUCAAGAAAUUCAAUUUUAUAUUAAUAAAUUUAAUCAAUUAAGAAAAUUUUUAAUUUGUCAGUUACUUACUAUAAAUGAAAAUGUAAAUAUAAAUUUUUUUAUAUUAAAUUUAAUUGAUCAAUUUAAUACGGAAGAAGAGACUAAAGAUUUAAAUAAUUUGGAAAAAUUUAAUAUUUUAAUUGAAGUAUUUAAAGAUUAUAAUAAAUCAAUAGAGAAUAUAAAUGAAAUGUUUAAAAAAUAUAAUAAUUAUAAGUUAGAACCUACAACCAAUAAAGAAGAACCUAAUAAUAAUUCGAAUUUAAAUUUAUUCAUUUCAAAAAUUUCAAAUUUAAAUCAAAAUUUAAAAUAUUUUAAAAAAUAUAUUAAUAAUAAUUCAUCAACCACCACAGAUUCAAAAGAUCAAGAAGAAAAAAUUUCAAUAUUUAACCAGUUUAAUAAUGAAUUAAAUAAUUUAAAAACUCUACACAAGCAAACACUAAUAGAAUUAAAUCAAAAUUUAAAUCCAGAGUUCCAGAAUAAUUCAAUUUCAAAAUCUUCUUCAAAUAUAUCAUCACCAUCACAAUCAAUAACAAAAGAUUCAUCAUCAUCAUCAUUUAAUUUAAAAUCAUUUCAAAAUCCUUCAUUAAAAAAGAGAUUUUCAUUACCUUUAUCAAAUAAUUCUCCUAUUACUCCUAAACCUUCGACAACAAUAAAUAAUUCACCAUCUCAAUCAGAACCAAUAACUCGAAAAAAAUAUAAUAAUAGAUUAUCUAAUGGAUUACCAUUAGGAUUAUUAACAGUAUUUGAAGAAAAUCAACUACAACAACUGCAACAAAAUCAAUUUGAAACUAAAAGAGAUUCAUCAUUAUCUUCAAAUUCAUAUCAAUUACAACCAUCAUUAUUACAACAACCACCAAAAUUAAAUUAUGAAAAUGAUUAUGAAAAUUUAAAUCUAAAUGAAAAUUAUAAUAAAUUAACAUUAGAUCAAUUAAAUAAUGAUCGAAAAAGUAAUAGUAAUAACAACCAAAAUAAUUUCAUCAUGAAUAAUCGAUUUUCAUUAAAUUCUGUUCAAAGUAAUGUUAGUGGAAUAACUGAUUUAAUAUCAACUCAAUUAACAAGUUUUAAAAGUCAUGAAGAAGAAAAUGAAGACGAACAAGUAACUGAAGAUCAAGAAUUUUCAACAAUUAAUGAAUCUCAAAAAAAGGAAGAAUUUAAAAAACAUUUAGAAAAUAAAUUUAAGAAACUUUAUGCAUCUUAA